AUGGAGAGAAUACUGUUGUCUCUUGUAAUUUUACAAUUUGUGUAUGCAGGUGAAGUGGUUUGUUUUUCAUUUGGUGAUCCACUUUGCUCUUCUCAUGAUUCCCUUUCACUUUUACAGUUUAAGCAUUCACUUAGCCUGACAGACUACCAUGAUUGUGGUAGCCCCUAUUCUAAGACGACGUCUUGGAAUAGUACUAGUAUGGAUUGUUGUAAGUGGGAUGGAGUUACCUGUAAUCUCUUAACUGGACAUGUCAUUGGUUUGGACCUCAGUUGUAGCAGACUUGGAGGAACUCUACAUCCAAAUAGUAGCCUUUUCCAGCUUCGUCAUCUUCAAACACUCGAUCUUUCCCUUAAUGGCUUUUCGGGUUCUCAAUUUCCACAAGGGAUUGGUCAGUUAGUCAGCUUAGCUCAUCUCAACCUUUCUUAUUGUUGGUUCAAAGGAAGGAUUCCGUUAGAAAUGUCACACUUGACCAAUUUGGUUUCCGUUGAUCUCUCUAAUAAUAUCAAUGUCCAGUUCAGUCAGGAAGGGUUCAAUAAGCUCUUUCACAACUUAACCAAGUUAGAACUACUUUCUCUUUCUGAGGUGAACAUUUCAUCCAGCAUACCAAUGAAUGUAUCAUUCUCUUCUUCUUUGAGGUAUUUAAAUCUUGCUACCACUAACUUGCAAGGAGACUUGCCAAAAAACAUUUUCCUCCUGCCCAAAUUGGAAACGCUCAGACUCUCACGAAAUCAUCUCACUGUUUCUUUACCCGAGUACUCUAACAAGACUCAUUCACUAACGGAGCUGGACCUCUCUUAUAAUAAUGUUUCUGGACGGAUACCCAAUUCACUCGGAACUCACAAAUCCUUAAAGCUUCUGCUACUUCCUGGGUGCAACCUCAUUGGUCCUUUUCCAGAAUUCAUCAGGAAUUUUUCACAAAUCACCCAACUGGAUCUUUCAUACAACAAUUUGCAAGGCAGAAUUCCUGAUAUUUUUUCAAACUUGCAAAUGCUUACACACUUACUACUACACAACAACAACUUCACUGGCCCCUUCCCAUCUUCUCAUGUGAACUUGACAAACCUUCAAGUGUUGACUUUGACAAACAAUUCACUCAGUGGUCCACUUCCAGAGUUUAAGGCCAACUCUCUAGAAAGACUUGAUUUGUCUCAUAAUCAAUUCUCUGGUCCCAUACCUCAAUCGCUUACACAUCUUCUCAACCUAGCUGAUGUCUUUUUUGGACACAAUAAGUUGAGCGGUGAGAUUGGAGCAGAAACGUUUUCAAGCAUGAAAAACCUUCAAUAUCUUGAUCUUUCUCAUAGUGGUUUAUCAUGGAGUAGCAAUAUUAUUAUUAACAACACCGCUUUUCCCCUUCUUUAUUCUUUAGGUUUGAGCUCUUGCCGUGUGAAAGAUUUCCCGAAUUUCUUACUGAACUCUAAGGAGAUACGGAUUUUGGAUCUCUCGGAAAAUGAAAUUCACGGGCAGUUACCUAAAUGGUUUGGGGGUUUCAGCGCAUUAUAUGUCCUUAAUAUCUCUCACAACUACCUUACAAGCUUAGACCAUAUACCUUGGGAGAAAAUGAUGAUACUUGAUCUUCAAUCAAAUUCACUCACAGGACCUUUGCCAUCUCCCAUUUGCACAGCAACUUCACUUUAUAUUAUGAAUUUGUCUUGCAAUAAUUUGAGUGCUGAAAUUCCCAAUUGCUUGCUUACUCUUUCCUGGCUCAUGGUCUUAGACUUAGGAGCUAAUAACUUCCAUGGACCCAUCCCAAAUAAAUUCCCAAAGAAUAGUACACUAGUGCAUGUUGAUUUGAGCAAAAAUCAAUUGGAAGGUCCCCUACCAACAUCACUAGUCAACUGUACAUCCUUAAGAAUCCUUGAUUUGGAAAACAAUAAGAUACGCGAUACAUUUCCCACCUGGCUGGAGGCGUUGCAAGAGUUGGAGGUUCUCAUGCUGAAAACUAAUAGAUUUUAUGGACCAAUGGUUGGUUUUAAAAAGAAAUCGCCCUUUCCAUGUAUGAGGAUCUUUGACCUCUCCGACAAUUCAAUUACCGGCUCUUUACCUACGGAGGUUCUUAAAGGUUUCAAAGCCAUGAUGAACAUGGACGCACACAAAUCAGGAUUGGAGUAUCUUGGGGAAACUUUUUCUAUCCUGGGUAAUAUAUACGAGGUUUUGUAUAGCGGAUGGUAUGCGGAAUCUAUCCUAUUAGUGAUGAAAAAUCAAGAGAUUGAAUCCAAGAAGAUCUUGAGGAUGUUCACAACAAUCGAUUUGUCAAGGAACAAGUUGGAAGGAGAAAUCCCUAAAUUCAUUGGGAAUUUGAAUUCACUUCUGCUGCUGAAUUUAUCUCACAACAGCCUCACAGGACACAUUCCUGUUGAAAUGAGGAACAUGAGCACUCUUGAAGCUUUAGACCUUUCAUUUAACCAGCUUACCGGCAAAAUUCCAGAGGAAUUGGCAAGUCUUACAUUUCUCGCGGUCCUAAAUCUGUCACACAACCAUCUUGUUGGACGUAUUCCUCAGAGUAAUCAGUUCAAUACAUUUCAAAAUGAUUCCUAUUUUGGGAACUCCGAUUUGUGUGGAUUACCACUGUCAAAUGAAUGUGGGAAGCAUAAGAGUGCAUCAGCACCAGUUGAAGAUGAACCAAGUAUUCUUAGCGAAAUGACUUGGCAGUCUGUCCUAAUGGGGUAUGGCUGUGGAUUGACAUUUGGACUAGGCAUAGUGUAUCUCAUAUAUCGCUUUGAAAGGCCAAGAUGGUUCAUAAACUCUCUUGAGAUUAUCAUUAAUGAAAUGAUAUACAUAGUACAGAGAGCAUGUAAAAGGUGCAGGAGGAAUUAG